GGAGAGAGUUUUCCUCUUCUGAAGUCAGGUUAUCAUGUGACCAUCACAGUGCCUCCAUGUGACUCCCUAAAACCUGAGAGAGCCAACAUCGAGAAGAUUCUGGAAGUCAUCAAGAAGAUGAUGGAGCUGCUGACAGGAGAGAUUGGAAACCUCGGGGACUAUAAUGAUAUGAAAGAAGAGUAUAAAGAGGAGGAUGAGGAGUAUGGAGUGAUGAAGGAGCUUUCUGAAGGACACAAGGAUCUCUACAAGAAUAUUAUGGAGGAGUCAUCCAGCUACAGGAACCCACCAGAGAGAUGUCCCCGUCCUCUGUAUUCGCGGGAUUCCACACAGGAGGACCACGCCAUCCCCCAUCAUGACCAGGGUGAAGAUCUGAUGAAGAUGAAAGUUGAGGGUGAAGUAGAAGAGACGUAUGUGAGGGAUGAUCAGCAACAUACGGAGGAGGAUGGAAUGACGAGGACACUCAUAGAGGAGGACACUCCUACAGAGAUCAGCACAGGACACGCCAUGGAGAAACCCUCAAAGGAUCCUCUGACUUUAUCUCCAGGUUGUAAGAUGGAAGAUGAGGACAUCACAGCAGAUUGUGCGGGAGAAGAGACAAUGAGCUCAGCUAUGGAUGGUGGACUUCACAGUGUGGAUAGAGCAUGGAAUCCCUCUGACUCUGAGAAACCUCGUCCUGUGGGGGAUGGUGCCGGAAUUCAGGGGGAGAAGACAUUUUCCUGCCCCGAGUGCGGGGAAAUUUUUAGCUCUGAAGCAACUUUUUGUGUUCAUCUGAGUUCUCACAUGGGUGGCAAGUAUCUUAACUGUUAUGAGUGUGGGAAAUGUUUUUUCCAUAAAAAGAAACUUGUCACACAUUACGCAUCCCACACGGGGACAAAGCCGUAUUCCUGCUCUGAGUGCGGGAAAAGUUUUUUACUUAAGACCAGUCUUACCAAACAUCAGACACUGCACACGGGGGAUAAACCAUAUUGCUGCUCUGAGUGCGGGAAAUGUUUUACAAUGAGGAGCUCUCUUAACACGCAUAAGAGAUUGCACACAGGCGAGAAGCCAUUUUCCUGCCCUGAGUGCGGGAAAAGUUUUUCACAAGCGGCCUCUCUUUCCAAUCAUAAGAGAUCACACACAGGCGAGAAGCCAUUUUCCUGCCCCGAGUGCGGGAAAAGUUAUUCGCACGCGGGCACUCUUUUCAAUCAUCAGAAAUCGCACCUGAAGGAAAAGCCAUAUUCAUGCUCCGAGUGCGGGAGAGGUUUUUCACAGAAGUGGUGUCUCACUAAGCAUCAGAGUUCACACCCGUGA